GCUCUUAGUUUAGCUCCAACUUGGAUAAGUACGUUUUUAGCUAGCCUGUAAAUUUGCUUUGAAAAAAUACACUAGAAAGUUUGGAAUCUUCUCUGCUUUGCCAACAUGGAUAUUUUAGGAAACCUUAAAGGAUUCUUCAAAACUGAAUACACUAUAAUCGACAACAAUGUUUUUCGAUUACACUACAAGGGCACAAUGGUGCUUUUAAUUGCCUGCAGUCUUCUUGUGACUGGAAGACAAUACAUAGGUGAUCCAAUCGAUUGCAUUUCUAAAGACGACAUACCUCCGAACUUACUGGACACGUUUUGUUGGAUACAUACGACGUUUAGUGUGGAAGAUGCAUGGUUCAAAAAAGUCGGAGUGGAAGUUCCUUAUCCAGGUGUGGACAGUUAUUCCCCAGGAGAAAAAAGAAUUUAUCAUGCCUACUACCAGUGGGUGUGUUUUGUUCUAUUUCUACAAGCCGCUUUGUUUUACAUUCCUCGCUACUUCUGGAAGGCUAUGGAAGGUGGCAGAUUGAAAAACCUGAUUUUAGGCUUAAACUCUUGUGUUUUAUCACAGGGUGCUAAGGAUGAGAGUCGCUCGUUACUGGUGGAUUAUUUAAUGGCAAAUUUGAACAACCAUAACUUCUAUUUCAUCAGCUACGUCCUAGCCGAGGCCAUGAACUUUGCCAACGUGGUUGGUCAGAUGUUCUUAAUGGACACUUUUCUUCAAGGAGAGUUUUCUACUUAUGGUUCCAAAGUUAUUCAGUUCACCGAGUGGGACUGGUCAGUUCGAUACGAUCCAAUGAUCAAAGUGUUUCCUCGACUGACCAAGUGUACCUUCCACAAAUAUGGUUCCUCCGGUGAUGUCCAGCGUCACGACGCCAUGUGCAUCCUUCCCAUCAAUAUAAUAAAUGAGAAAAUAUAUGUUUUCCUCUGGUUCUGGUUCGUUAUACUAGCUGUCAUGUCUGGCUUAGUUUUGAUUUACCGAGCAGCCAUCAUAUUCGUACCGAAACUUAGGAUCACCAUUUUGAAGUCUCGCUGUCGCCUAGCCAACCAAGAUUAUCUUGAAUCUGUUAUUGAGAAGUGUAGGCUAGGAGACUGGCUAAUUCUUGAUUUUCUGUGCAAGAACAUCGACCCUCUAAACUUCCGAGAUGUUAUUGCGGAUUUCGCAAGGAAACUAGAAGGAAAAGAUUUCGACAAAGCUUGAAUCCUUACUAACUGGUAGAUUUAUUGUUUUCCUGCGCUAACUUCUAAACAUAAUUUUAGCUACAUGUACGCCACUGCCUUCAAGCUCGUGCAAUGUAGCAACUCUUCCAUGACGUUUAAUGAGAUUUAAUAUUUCAACCCUUUCAUUUUCUUUUUUGUCUAUUUUAUGUAUUUAAUUUGUUUAAGAAAUAUUGGAGCUACAAUCCGUUAUCAAACAAAGCUAAAAUAGAACUACAGACGCUACAGAACCAAAUUGCCCACCAGUGGCACAGCGGUAUAUUUGCGGACUUACAACGCUAGAAUCCGGAUUUCGAUACCCGUGACGGGCAGAGCACAGAUAGCGCAUUGUUUAGCUUUGUGCUUAAUUACAAACAAGCAAACAGAACCAAUUUUUAGCCAAGUUCUUGUUAGUAUAUUAUUAACCUAUCAGUAUAUUAUGGUCGGAAAUGUUAACAGUAAGGAUAACUAAUUAAUGAAAAUUAGCUACAUUCAUUACCAAGUUCAGUUUUAGUUUCACUCUGACUAGGUAGUUUGUUCUGAUCGGAAUUUAUAUUAAUAAUGUUUGGGUGUUUUUUAACUCAACUGCUUUUUAACUUUUAACGGGCAGCGGCAACUGUAUCAUCAUGUUCAUUAAUUGUUUUUUGUUUUUUUUUACUUUAACUGGCAGCGGUAACAGUAUCAUCGGGUUCAUUAGCUUUGUUUGACAAACGACUUGUAGCUUAUUUCAUAUUAAAUUACUUUUGGUGUAUUUUUUGUAAGGUUUUGUUUUUGAUACGAUUCAAAAUACUGUCAGUGAAAAGAUAAAAGAUUAGCUGCUAUGGCUUAAGAUAGGAGCGAUAAGUUCUUGUGUUGGAUUUUCAUAUUUUUGAUUUGUUUAUCGCGACAUGACUCGCCCUACUUUUUUACAGUUUAGUCGAGGAUGCAGCUAACAGAUACAGAGUAGUGUGAUUUUUCAAACAAACUUUCUUGGUAAGCAACUGAUUAUAUUGACUUUUAGUAAAACCCAAUUCGAGCUAUGAACAUUCGCAAUGAGCUUGCUUUCUGUUUCACUAUUUAAAAAUUGUUUAAUAUAUCAACGUUUAUUCUAUAUCAAGUUUGAAAUGUCUAUUUCUUGAAAGGAACAGUAUUUUCCCAACGAUAUAUCGAAAGUUCUAUUUCAGUAAACAUUUUUGUGAAGAAAUGUGUUGAAUAUAUGAAGCAAAUAUCACAUCGUCUUAUUGUAUGUUCGUUUUUCAGCCUCUGUAUCUUUGUUACUACGUAGAUUAAGUUGCCUUUUGUGGUUUUAGUAUGUAAGACCAAGAUAAUACUCUUAUUUUAUUCCUUAGCAGCUGAAUUUUUGUGACUACAGAUCGAGAGCAUUUACAAUACUAUAAUUUACCAGUAUUUAAUCGGAGUUGGGACCAAAUAAUUCUACGGUAUUUUUGUGUGAAAGUGCUACGCAAGACGUUUCGAAUACUUUCAAAUAUUCCAUUUCAGUAUUUUAUAGCAGCGGUGUAGGAUUUUUGAAUUAUAAACCAGUUGCCAUGAUCACAGCUAAAUAAUUUGUGAAAUUCUUUUAUCAUAAAUCAAUUAAGAUGAAAUGCAAAUAAUGUGCCUCGUGAGAUGUCAUUAGAUUUAUAUAUAUUAGAUAAUGUAGAUCAAAUUUAAUGUUUUAUGAUAGUCUCUUUUUAUAUGAGUAUAGUGUGGGACCAGAUUACGAUAUCUUUCACAGCAAUGAGUGAAAUGUACAUGUCAAUUAUAUUUUCCAUACCGAAACCCUUUUUAUGUCGAAUACAUGAAUUGUUAUCAUUUAAAAAAUAUUUUGUGAAAAUAAUUUUUAAUAAUUUGUUUGUUAUUUUUCGUGUGCUAAUUAAUCGCUGUCUUACCGAUCUCCUUAUAAUUAGUAAGUUCGAAUUUAUCAAAUAGCUUCUAUAUAUGAAGACAGUUUUCAGCAAAACUAAUUUAACCACCUGUUUGUCAAAAUCGGACUUUUUGGCUUAUCGCUCACGUCUGUGGUAUGUAUAAAAAUAAACUUUGACUAAUGAACGUAACUAAACCAAAAUGAAGUAUCUUGUUUAAACUAUACCAGAAGUGAAGCUACUAUCACUUAUUUUUUUAUUUAAAGUGUUUAGUUAAUUGAUUCUGAUUUAGUAGAAGGUGCAAUUGUGUCAAUCCACUUAAGCAUUGUCUCUGACAUCAAGAGCUACAAGAAAUAAAUGUUCUCAAUGCUAUUUUCACAUACCUAAUAGGUUACAGUGGACCACCUGGGAAAAUGUUCUGGUUUUUGAAAAGUAUAUUUUGUAUGGAUAUUUUUAUAACGAAUAAACUUUUAUUCAGUA